AUGCCGCUGCAGGAGGAGACCCUGAGGGAAGUAUGGGCUUCAGACAGUGGCCAGGAAGAGGACUGGCUGAGCCCAGAGCCCCCGCUGCGCCCCAAACAGCGACCCACCCAAGGACAGAAGUUGAGGAAAAAGAAAUCCGAGACUCCCGAGUCCCCAGGAUCCAAACCCCGCAAAGCUGGGGGUGGGCGCAGGAAGCACAAGGAGCCGCCUGCAGACCCAGCGGAGCCGCCGCCGCGCGCUGCUCAGACGGUCUACGCCAAGUUCCUGCGGGACCCAGAGGCCAAGAAGCCAGACCCCACGCAAACCUUCCUGGUUGCGCGUGCACCAGACGGAGGAGGCGGUGAUAUUCUAUCCACAGAGGAAGAAGAGGAUUCGGAGGAUUUGGAUGACGAUGAAGAGGAAGAGGAGGAAAGGGGGGGAAAGGAGAAAUGCUCUCUGCCCCCCAAGAAACCAUCCAAGGAAAGAGAGAGGAAAGGCGAGAGCCUGGGCGCAAGGGGGGACCCAGGAAGCCCCGAUGCCCCUCCGAAACCACUCCGAACCAAGAAGAAGGAGGCGGGGGAGGGAAGCAAGCUGAGAAAGGCCAAGAAGAAAGGGGCUGGGGAGACUGACAAGGACGCCUCGGGGACCCCAGGCGCCGUGAGGAAAAAGGUUCCAGCAGCCAUGUUCCUGGUCGGCGAAGGGGGCUCCUCUGAGAAGGGCGUGAAGAAGAAAGGGCCCCCCAAAGGAUCAGAAGAGCAGGAGAAGGAGGAGGAGGAGGAAGAAGAGGCAUCUGCAGUGAUGAAGAACAGCAAUCAGAAGGGCAGAGCGAAAGGGAGAGGCAAAAAGGUUAAGGAGGAGGAGAGGGCCCCAUCUCCCCCUGUGGAAGUAGGUGACCCCCGAGAGUUUGUGCUGAAGCCAGCGCCCCAGGGCCGGGCAGUACGCUGCCGGCUGACACGUGACAAGAAGGGCAUGGACCGCGGCAUGUACCCGUCCUACUUCCUGCACCUGGACACGGAGAAGAAGGUGUUCCUUUUGGCGGGCAGAAAGCGCAAGCGGAGUAAGACAGCCAACUACCUCAUCUCCAGUGACCCCACCAACCUGUCCAGGGGAGGGGAGAAUUUCAUCGGAAAGCUGAGGUCUAACCUCCUGGGCAACCGUUUCACCGUCUUUGACAACGGGCAGAACCCACAGCGAGGUGGAGGUAGGGACGUGGAGAGCCUGCGCCAGGAGCUGGCAGCUGUGGUCUAUGAAACCAAUGUGUUAGGCUUCCGGGGACCACGUCGCAUGACGGUCAUCAUCCCCGGGAUGAACUCCGACAACGAGAGGGUCCCUAUCCGUCCUCGAAACUCCAGCGAUGGGCUGCUGGUUCGCUGGCAGAACAGGGCGCUGGAGAGCCUCAUCGAACUGCAUAACAAGCCUCCCAUCUGGAAUGACGGCAGUGGCUCCUACACCCUCAACUUCCAGGGCCGCGUCACCCAGGCCUCAGUCAAGAACUUUCAGAUUGUGCACACUGAAGACCCCGACUAUAUAGUGCUACAGUUCGGCCGCGUGGCUGAGGACGCCUUCACCCUGGACUACCGGUACCCGCUGUGCGCCCUGCAAGCCUUCGCCAUCGCCCUCUCCAGCUUCGACGGGAAGCUGGCCUGCGAGUGACCCCACAACCCCUCAGGGCUGGGAAAGCAUUCAGUUGGGGCGGGGUAGGGUCCCUCCCCUACAGCUCCCACGGAAGGGCUCACCCCUCUGCCUCUCGGUGACCUCGGCGCAUCCUCCAGCCUGGCACCGACCGAGGCGGAGGGGAUGGAGAUGAACAUCUGGUUACACAGCAAUGCUUGCCUCGCCUCCUUCUCCCCAGCCACUUCCUUCCAGGGAGCGCGAGUCUGAUGAUCGAAGCC